GUGAACGUUCUCGUCAAUAUUAAAAGUUCUCUGAUUCCAGGUUUUAGGACUCGUUCCUGCGGCACUCUAUGGGCAUGGCUACUGUGACGUCAGUAACUGUUAGGAAUCACUUCCGUGUCCAUUAGCAUUUUUAGGUCAUGUAAACAACGAUGGGUACAGCACAGGAACCACUCACUUUUUAUAGUGACAGCCUACUUCGCUGACAUCCCAAAGUCGGUUCAGAAGGGUUUAAACUCAUAUAAUUCAAAUAGGGUGAUAUCAGUGAGUACAAUGUCAGGUGGAAGUCUAACAGGUAAAGUCCACGCCUCAAUGAAAAAACAAGCUACGAGGUGAGAAAGUAAGGGUGUUGAUAGUGCUAGCUAACGGGGCGAUGCUGACUGUCUUUUAGCCGUGUUGGGGUAUGGUAAGGGCUAGCUAGCUUAAUUGUUUUCAGCGUAACAUACAACUUUACACGUUUUGCUCAUGUAAAUAACGUUACAACACACCGGGAAUGUCUUAGAAACAUAGCUCGACAGGUUAGUGACUUUAGGAUUGGAAGCUAUUGCUAGCUAUCUAGUCCUAUGAUCCACUACCCAGCUAACCCUAAUUUGUAAACAUGUCAUCACGACCUAAGCAUCUAUUCAGAAUUUCACAAUCCACCGGUAGUUCAAGUUCAAGUUCUUUAGUUAGAAUGAUGUUCAGUUCAGUUCAAAGUUCAUAGAAAAAUGAACUUGUUUACUCCUUUUGAACAAGUUCAUGCACAACACUGUUAACAUCUGACGUUUGGCUAGCUAGUAACCGCUAGCCUGUUAUUAUUGUUCAUCAUUUGAGAUCCAACUUACCGUAUCAACUUCAGCCAUCACUUUUUCUCUUUCUCAUCGAGGGGAAAUCGAAAAAAAGAGAUGGUUUUGUCGACAUCAUUUCUGUUACUACAACACGGGACACAGCACUGCACUGCACCAUUUUACUGCCGCUGACAGUAGUAGAAACCAUUAGAAUGUUAGCGAGUGGACACGGAAGUGGCUUUUUUUUAUAUGAUGACGUAGCGACUAGCCAUCCCCAUGGUCAGCUCUCAUAGGAAUGAAUGAGGACCCGCCUCCAAUGCUGGAUCCAGUUCUUAUUAUACAUCCUUGGUGUGAACACAUUCCGCACUAAAACACAGGAAGAGUAGUACAUUGCGUCAUUUUCUUUUUGUCCAGGCUGUGUGUGACAGACAGUAUCCUCUAGGGUCAUGCUUUCAUUCAUUCUGAAAUCCUUCAAUAAUUCAAAGAGAUAUAAACAACUGUAAACAUAAGCUAGGCUAUAUUUGCUUUGGUGACUGCUCCCCUCACUGAAACCUCCUCCCUACUGCAGGAAGUCUCUCAUUAUACGUGUUAUAAUGUUUUUGAAUGUUUUCACGUUGUCUGAUUAUAUAAUCACAUGUGCAGUCCGCAAGAGUCUAUUCAGAUAUCUCUCCAGAUUAACAGCAGCAUUAAUAACCUGUCGGAUCUCCAUGGUGGAGGCUCUGGCAGAAAUUGCCGGGAGUGUGUCAGACCAAUUGUUGAACAGCAUUUCCGUGCACAUGACUUUUUUCUACAGUUUUUGUCAGUUUGAGGUUGGCACAAACUGAACUUUCUGAAAAAUGAAACGCUGUAACAAUCUUGCGUCUGGUGUGCACCAGAGAAUAGGACUAUUGUGGCUAUUUAUGGAAAGGCUUUUUAAAAAUGAUUUUACAAAAGAUUCUUGGUUAUUCAGACAGGGAAAAGCUGCCUGUGUUCAGGGUAAUCUGAGAGUGAAACAGCACAUGCUGCAGGGUUUCUGCCACAUCUCUGAUAGUCUAAUGAAAGCAGGCCUUCAGAGAGUCUUUAAACGUCUUAAACCUUUGUCUGACUUAUUGCUGCUGAUUCUCUUAGAGGAAUAAAUCCCACAAAAAGGCUUUAGUUUUUGAGACUCCCCUAGCCAAAGUACUACAAAGCACACCGAUAUUUUUUUAAUUACUUUUCAUUUAUAAAUAAACAAAAAGGUAAGGAUUCAAACACCUAAAACAUUUUAUAUAUAUGAAACUCUUAUCUUUUCUCAGAAGCAGGACUUCUUCUCUCAUAACUUGAAUUUGAAAUAUUUUUUGAUAUCCUCCUGAUAAACGUUCAUUGUGGAACUGUAUCCGCUGUUCUGUCUCAGUAAUUAUACAAACAUUGUUUACAUGUGCUUUUCUUAAGCCCACCAGCCAGUCUCAUACAGCCAGCAGCUCUGCACAGCUGCUCACAAAGCCAUUGUGAAACCUGCCUGAAAAUGUGUUUUAAAUCACUUAAUUCAAGUGCUUGAAAACACUGCUGGCACUAUGCAAAGUAAUAGCACUCCCGCUCUAACUGGAAGAACAAACACGAACGCCAUGUGGCUCUAGAGCAGCCGAAGAAUGAGGAUUCCUGCUGAUUGUAGUUCCAUGCAUUCAUUCUCAAUUAGCUAUUUGCUAACUGUUACCCAAAUCCCUCCCCAGCUGUGUGUGUGUAUUCAGCAGGAUGUCUGCAGGAGGGACUUAGAAUAAAGUUGUUAUAUAUAAACAUAAUGUCACUGUUCUAGUGGUAAACACUGGAGAAAGAACAAGCUAUGUGCUGUAUCAGAAACAAUGCGCCAAGUGUUUUGGAAGUAAUAUGGUCUGUGUUUACAUUAGCAAGCAUCGCUAGCACUCAGGGCUAACGCUGUACUGGAGAGACUAUGUGUAAUAUAAAGGUCCUGUCCUUGUGGUAAACCGAGAGAGAAACGUUUGAGCUCCAGACUGUUUCAGAAAUAAUACUGGAUGUGGUUUGGAACAUAAUAUGGCGUUUAAUCACGGCAGCGUUUAGCUGAGUGUCUCCUGGUAGGUAAACCGCAGAUCUCAAUCGCCACACUGUGUGAGCCCUAGAGACCAUGUCAAAUCUUGACAAAUGUAUUAAUGAGAUAACUGGCAAGGGGUGAAAGAGCCCCCCUGUACAGGAAUUGGGUGUACUGGAUUUGUAGCACAAGACUGAAAGCGGCUCAAUAACCCUUUCGUUUCAGUUAUUGUCUGUCCAUUAUCUCAAAAGACAAGAUCAUAAUGGAAAAUAAAGUUGAUUAAAGGACCAGCCCUACAUAGUGUGGCCAGGUGCUAACAAGCCAUAUGUGGGACAAAGAGUACAUUUGUGCGGGACAAUGUCGGCCCGGCCAACUCCAGCACCGCCUGCCCUGUCGGCGGCCCGGCCCACUCCAGCCACUCCUGCCCUGUCGGCGGCCCGGCCGACUACAGCCCCUGCUGUCCUGUCGGCGGCCCAGCCGACUACAGCCCCUGCUGUCCUGUCGGCGGCCCAGCCGACUACAGCCCCUGCUGUCCUGUCGGCGGCCCAGCCGACUACAGCCCCUGCUGUCCUGUCGGCGGCCCGGCCGACUCUGGCCUCGCCGUUCCUGUCGACUCCGGCCCCGCCUGUCCUGUCGUCUCCGGCCUGGCCUGUCCUGUCGACUCCGGCCCCGCCUGUCCUGCCGUCACCUGCUCCGUUGGGGGUCCCACCGUCACCUGUUCCGAUGUGGGUCUCGCCAACACCUGAUCCUGCGCCGUUAGGGGUCCCGCCGUCACCUGUUCUGAUGAGGGUCCCGCCAACACCUGCACCUGUUCCGAUGGGGAUCCUGCCUUCAACUGUUCCGAUGGGGGUCCCGCCAACACCUGCUCCUGUUCUGUCGGGGAUCCCGCCAACACCUGCUCAUGUUCCCUUGGGGGUCCCACCGUCACCUGUUCAGACUGGGGGCCCGUCAACACCUGCUCCUGCUGCGUUGGUGGUCCCGCCGCCGCCUGUUCCAAUGGGGGUCCCGCCGAGACCUGUUCCGAUGGGGGUCCCGUCAACACCUGCUCCUGCUACGUUUGGGGUCCCACCGCCACCUGUUCCGAUGGGGGUCCCGUCAACACCUGUUCCCGCUCCCUCCGAGGUGCUGCCGACGCCAUUGCCUGCUCCCUCGGGGCUCCCGCCGGCGCCAGUGCAUGUCCCGCCGACUCGAGCUCCUGUCUCGUCUGUGAUCUCGCCACCUCCUGCUCCAGGCGCCACCGCUGCCUGCGUCGGCUUCCUGCCCUUCCUCGAGCCCGACCUCCAGAGGCGUCCCGCCGUCCUCCAGAGGUGUCUUGCCGUCCUCAAGCCCGUCCUCCAGAGGUGUCUCGCCGUCCUCCAGAGGCGUCUCACCGUCCUCCAGCCCGUCCUCCAGAGGCGACUUGCCAUCAUCCGGAGGCGUCUCGCCAUCCUCCAGAGACGUCUCGCCGUCCUCCAGAGGCGUCUCGCCGUUCUCCAGAGGCGUCUCGCCGUCCUCCAGAGGCGACUCGCCGUCCUCCAGAGGCGUCUCACCGUCCUCCAGCCCGUCCUCCAGAGGCGACUCGCCUUCCUCCAGCGGCGUUUCGCCGCCUUCCAGUCCGUCCACCAGAGGCGUCUCGCGGCCUUCCAGUUUGUCCACCAGAGUGUCCCUGCCGUGACAUACGCCCCUGUCCCUGGGGCCUCACGGCCUCUGCCUUGCCACCGGGACGUCCGCCCGAAAAUAUUGUUUGACAAUUAA